ACAGUCGCACAGUCACUUGAGCGAGUCUGCAGAGGGGAGAGGCGACAUACGGGAGGAACCGGCGAACCGCAGCUAGCAGAAGCGGCAAGGGAACCUAGCUAGCGGCGGCGCCGAGAAGAAAAAAGAUGAAGGCCGCCGUCGCCACCAAUGUCACCGUCGACCUGGAAGACCUGGACUGCACCGUCUGCUUCGGCCCCCUCAAGCCUCCGGUCUUUCAGUGUGCAGCUGGUCAUGCUCUUUGUUCGAUUUGCUAUGAGAAGCUUCCGGAAAAAGAAAAGUGCCAGGUGUGUUCCAUCACCACAGGCCACAACCGGUUCCUCGCGAUGGAGAGUGCGCUGCAGUCAAUCCAGGUCCUUUGCUCCAACGCUAGGAAUGGGUGCACUGCCAAGAUGCCCUACCAUGAGAUGGAGGAGCAUGAGAAGGAGUGCAUGAAUGCAUUCUGUGACCGCACUAGAUCAAACGUCAUGCAGCCAACACCGCUGAACCAGUGCUUAUCUACGGACUGCUACACGCUGGUAAUCCCAAAGUUUUGUCCAUCCACCAGCAUCAACAUCAGUAUCAAUAAUAGUGAGGCGAAGACGAAAAUCCAUGAUAAGAAGAGCUCAACGGAUUCAGUUAUGAAGAUGGGUCCUUGUGGAGGUAGUGGUGGAAAUGCCUGGAAGAUGGACACGCGUGGCGUCAACCGCAUUUUCAGGGUUAUUGUCCGCCAUGGCUGGGCUGUCGAUGCCAUGUCGGUGUUGUAUGAGCGGGACGGCCAGGAGGAGGAGAGCAAGCUCUGGGGCGGAACCGGAGGACAACCCUCAGAGAUCUGUUUGCGGCAGGACGAGUACCUGACGAGCGUCAAGGGCCACUACGGCUUCUUUAACGAGUGGUUCGUCAUUAGAUCACUCACUUUUGUCAGCAAUCGUCGCACUUUCGGUCCAUACGGGAAGGAGGAAGGGGCGCCAUUCAAGCUCCCUGCAUGUGGUGGCAAGAUCAUCGGCUUCCACGGGCUCUCCGACGGCCUCCUCGACGCUUUUGGCACCUACGUCAAGAUGGGCUAGCUGUUGAUAUCUCCUGGGUGUCAGGACUCAGGAUGCUAUAUAUGUAAUGCUUAAUCUCGCUAGAUGCUUAUUCUGAAUUUAAUGCGUUCCUUUUGCUUCUGCUGUCGUUGAUGCACGAACAGACCAUAAAAUGACUGCUGAACUUAAAUUAGAUGCUUGAAGUCUGGUGCCGGUCUUCUUAUUUCAAUCGAAUGCAUGUAUUGAUCACAAGAGGAGUCUGUUUUGCACUUUUGCUGC